AUGGACUCAUCCAAAACAAUUGUUAAGAAGCUAGCGGGACACAGUUCCGAUACUGCUUCAUGGGCGGCCAACGUUGGAAAUGAGAUGGGUCAAGUUUUGAUGAAUGUGUUGACAGCAAGCGAGGGAGUUGGUUUGGCCCCAAUGGCAAAUGGUAUGAUGAAACGGUGUUCCACGGCUGGUAUUCCUCCUCCAGAAGUUCUGUAUGUUAACCGAGACUGCUGUACUGGUAGUAUCGUGCGGACAAAAGAGCUUUUCUCUCGUUGGGAUGCUUUGGCCUGGAUAUUGAGACGCGUUUCUAUCUGUUGCACGACUGAAUCUCAUCAGCUUUAUGGUGAGUUUAUGAGCCACAAGUCUCAGUGCAUUUUCCACUGGGCAAGGAAGACCUCGAUCUGCUGAAGAAAGCCAAGCUCCUUCAGCAAGAUAUUUUCAAUCCAGGAGAUUGAUAUUUUCAAUCCAGAUGGGAAUUGGGUCUGCACUGUCGAAGGAAGGCACAGUGGAGACCACCGAGCUACUGCAUUCUCUUGUUGUCACCUUCUUUGGCCGUCAAGGAUGUGACACCUUGGGCGUUCCUUUGCUGAACAACGAUCAAACUUGGGAGACGUGGAAAUUGCAGAAGAUGCAUAUUGCCUGUAUCAAAUAUCCUGACGAUGUGCAACUUUAUGUUCAGACUGGAACUCAGACUAAGGGUGGCAUUCAGCUACCAACGUACCGAUGUGCCAGAGGAUCUACACCUUUUAAGGUCCAUACAGACCGGAUGCGUUUUGGCAACGCGACGCGAAUUUUCAAUGACAUUUUAACUUCAACAUUUUUCUAUGUUUUUCAAAUAUUCGGAACCACUUAAGCAAUUUUAGCUAUUUGAUCUGCAUAUCUUGUAAAAUUUUUAUCCGUUGACGGUUUUAAUUGUUUUUAAAAACUGAAAAUUCCCGUCGCGUUGUCAGUCGCGUUCGGUCUGCAUGGACCUUAAAGAGCAGUAAUCAUAGUAUAUGUUGAUGUCGUGUAGUUUAUGGGAAUAUAUCAGCCACGUGCCAGCAUGAAUGAUGAAAAUCAGUGUAUGUUUUUGUUCAUUAUUGGUAUUAUUUUUCUCUUUUUAGUAACCUUGCCUGAAGGAUGGCUUAACACGUUACCUAAGGCUGAUCAUCAAUGGAUAGCUCAAGCUUUAUUCAAGACGAAUGCUAGAACCGGUAAAGCAGAGCUAGGUUUCAGCAGGUAUUAUAACAUAAUAUUAUCUUAAUAAUAUAAUAAUAAAUAUAAUAUAAUAUUAUAUAAUAUUAUAAUAUAUUAUAAAAUUAUUAAAUAUUUAUUAUUAUAUAUAUUUAUUACAAACUUAGUCUUUUUUAGAGUUAACAAGCUUUGGUGGUAUCCCCCUCAGCCACCACUUAUUGCCUCACAACCUCCACAUCCUAGCAAAUUCUUUGCACAGCGCCUGCUACUGUGGAUGCCCAGAAAGUGGGGUGUUAAAUUGCAUUGCCCACACCCCACCUGCGACAAGAAAGAGCUGACCGGUGCCGGCAUCUAUCCCAGGAUACGUCAGGUUCUGGAUAUCGACUAGAGAUACAAUUUGGCUGCGGAAUACCUGGAAUGUAGAGCAUGUAAAAAGAAGGUGAUCAGUUGGACUCCUGCCAUUGUUGGACAGCUGGAUCCUGGUCAUCAGCUCCAGUUUCUGGUCCUGAUUACAUACCAGUAUGCCUGUGAUGUCAAGGUGAUUCGACUUCUACGACAGCGUAGUCUUGGCAAUAGCUCGACCGUAUUGCAAAAGAAAAUGUCGGAACAGUACGGUGACAAAUGGCUCCAGAACAGCAUUCAGUACUUGACCGAGUGCAAAUUUUUCGCUGAAGCCUCGAAGAGUGGUCUUAUUAUAGCCAAAGAGUUCGAAGAGCCCCCCAAGUUUGUACCAGUUCCCAAGUACAAGUGGUUCCUCACUGUGUAUGUGCAGGAUAUCAUGUCCAGGGUCGAUCACAUCAAGGCGUCGAUCACGUCCACCUUUGGCCGAAUCAUCAAAAUGGACUCGACCAAGAACAUCGUGAAGAAGCUAGCGGACACAGUUCUGGUACUGCUUCAUGGGCGACCAACGUUGGAAAUGAGAUGGGUCAAGUGUUGAUGAGUGUCUUGACAGCAAGCGAGGGAGUUGGUUUGGCCCCAAUGGCAAAUGAUCUCAUGAAAAGGUAUUCCACGGCUGGUCUUCCUCCUCCAGAAGUCCUGUAUGUCGACCGAGACUGCUGUGCCGGUAGCAUCGUGCGGACAAAAGACCUCUUCUCUCGUUGGGAAGAUUUGCUGGUGCGCCUGGAUAUUUGGCAUUUCAUGAGACACUUUUCCAUCUGCUGCACAACUGAAUCUCAUCAGCUCUAUGACGAGUUCAUGAGCCGCAUGUCGCAGUACAUUUUCCACUGGAGGAAGGAAGACCUGGACCUGUUGAAGAAAACCAAGAGACAUCAGCUCCUCCAGCAAGAUAUCGCCAAUCCAGGAGAUGCAGACAUCAUAGAACGUAUCACCAGACGGGAAUUGUCUCUGCACUGCCGGAGGAAAACCCGUGGCACAGUGGAGACCACCGAGCUACUGUAUUAUCUUCUUAUAUCUACAUCUUUAGAGUCAUUCCAUCUGCACCUGAACAGGUUCAUAACAGGUUGGGCUUUUGCGAUCAGUUGCAGUCGAAAAACCCAUAUGAAAACCACCUUAAUAAACAAUAACUCAUUACUUCUCAUUAAUCGUUUCAGGUACAAGUGCGAGUGAUCUUCACUUUCAGGCAUACCUUUUGGAAGGUUUGUCCAGAUGGAAUGCCGAUCGCACAGCUGGUGCUGUCUCUGGUGUGGUGGCUGGUCCAGAAACCUACUCUGGGGUGUUGGCGAAGGCUGCAAAUGAUCUAAGCGAGAGUGUCAUCGGGAAGAAGAUACAACCAGGCUUGCAAGAAAUGGGUGCUUACACUGGGGAGUUGAUAGGAGUGGAGUAUUUGUUCAGUCAGACAGGUGAAGUGCUCGAAAACAGGUGUGAUAAUGAUGAUGUGGCCGACCCUUCUUCUGAACAGCUGUCUGAGAUGGAUGAUGGUCAGCAAUUGGAUGAAGGAUUUGUUGAUGAUAGUAUAGAACAGACGGUGGGCUUGGUUCCUGAUGUUUUCUCGAAUGAAGAUGGUACAGUAUAGAAACCUUGAGACCAGAGACAAAUUACUCACGUUCACUCAUUAAUAUCACGUCCAUGUUCUGUCUUAUAGGUAAUGGAUCUGAAAGUAGUGCUUCUUGCUCCGGUAUGGGCCAAAUGGAAGGACCCUCACUUGAGGUAUUUAAAAUGGACGGCAGCAACAACCAUUAAAUUAUAAUCGUCUCUCAAUAUAAAAUUCAUACUCUUUUACAGGAAUCAGUUGGGCCUGAUAACAUAGAGGGAUUUGAAAAAGUCACUGCUUUGGCAACUUUCUUGGUGUCCGUGUCGUUAACCGAUUCCGACAUGGCAUUGACAAAUAUCCAAGCCGACGAAAUCAUUAGAGUGUGGGACAACCUUGAUGCGUAUGAUAAACAACCGACGGUGUUCUCGCCAAGGCACAAACCAAAAUGAUGUAAAGGACGCUUCAAAUCCCCCUAAAAUAAAUCAAAUCUUGUUGUUCCAGGUCUAGAUAGCACCAAAAGGUGAAUUUAUAUAGAAUUUAAGAGGCUUACGAGUUAAUCCGCGACUUGUUAUAUUAUAUGGUUAAUUAUCUUUUUCCUUUUUUUCUUGUAAAGGUGUUUCCUUGGCUCUAGUUCUGGUCCAGCCCAAUGGCCCGACUGUAAUAGAUACGUGGAAGCUGUCAUCUCUCGAUUGUGUGACGUUCACCCUGGACCGGAACGAUCUGGUGGUACCACAACAGCACGGUGGACCCUCAUAUGCAAAAGUUACAAGGUUUUACAAGGUCAUAUAUAAACAGGCCCCUAUACUGUAUAUUAAUAUAGUCUUUGCUAUUUACACAUCACAGGUGUAUAAUUCCAUAUUUAUAUAAAUAUAGGUAUUCCGUUGUUAUCAAGUCCAAAUCCAGCAGCAAUUGCAGCCAGGUUGAAGAGAAGGUUUUCACAUGCCAGCAUUCAACCAAAUGUACCACCACAAGGUUAUUAUAUAUUCAUUCUUCCUUGUUUGUGACCUUGUGUUUUUGGCGUCUACUGGAACAAUAGUCGCCAUAUGCUGUCGACAAGAGGUUUAGGCAUAUAGAGUGAGUGGACGGUUCACUUCUCCUGCGAACAGGCUCUUUGGUUAGGUUAAAGCCCGCGCAUCUACGAAAGUUUCCGAACUGUUUACGAUAAAUGGUUUUAUCAUUUUUCAUAUUCCGACGUUAUUAUAUAAAACAAGACGCUCUGUGGAGCGUUAACUCGCUGGGGCUACACAACUGACGCACAUUACUGUUAACAUCUAAAGGCCUGAUUCCACGAACGCUUUUUCUCGGUGAAAUGCGAAUUAUUUCGCCUGUUUCUUUUGAAUUGCGACUACUCGAAUAAAUUAAUUCUACUUGAUUGCUCACAGUUCAAAAGAAACAGGCGAAAUAUUUUGCAUUUCGCCGAGAAAAAGCGCCCGUGGAAUCAGGCCUUUAAAGGCUGAUUUCCACUGUUGCGUUUUUCGUACGCACGUAUACACGGCUACACGCACGUAAAACUUUGAAUCCUAUUUUCAAAUAUUUUACAAAUAAGUUAACAAAUUCAUACUAAAACUUUCGGAGCAGUAAAUUCUGUUGCUUUAUUUGUUUGGUUAUUUUACAGAUUUAAAGUUUUACGUGCGUAUAUUAAGCCUGGUGUGGAAAUUAAGCCUGGCCAUAAACGCCGGAAGUUUCCCCUUUAGCUCGGGCCCACAAGUAAAGUUAUAUUUUAUAGUACGCUACAUUCUUCUGUCGGCCGCCAGUUUAAAACGUUCAAAAUAAAAUAUUUUGGGGUUUUUCGGCUCAAAAUAUCAAAAUGAAGAGAGAAGUGAGACGACUCCACUGGUGUACGGCCGAAAAAGAGAAAACCAAUGAUACCAAAGUUAUCAAGGAUUAAACGUACUGCAUCUUUUAUAAAUUAUUUGAGCGAUUUGUCAACAAAUAAUACAAUUUCGCUUGGCUUUCAAAGACAAAGUCAAAGGCCAUCAAUAGCUAUAAUACUGUUGUCAGUUGUUUAGUAAUACAUUUGACAUCCGUAGGUACAAUUUCUCAUCCGUAAGUACAAUUUCUUACGCUGAAUCGAACGGUGGUAUUUAAAAUUAGGCAAUACAUACAACUGCCAGGGUGCAUUCCGUGUAAACCUCACGCCGAAGAUAAUCUGAGGUAGUGUUGCCGUGCGCCAAGUGAGGUCAACUUGUGCGCCGGCUGAUCGUGGGCACCGUGAUUUUUCAUUAAUAGUUAGUUUUUCAAAAUUAAAACUUGCUAAAAAGGCGUGUAAUUGAUGAAUAAGAUGUUUUGCUGAUGAGCAAUUAUGAGUGUUGUUACUGUUGUAUCACAAGUUAAUUAUAACCACCAUUUAGUAAUAUUACACUGACCAGGAACACAAAUUUCUCAAGUCCCUAAAGAAUUAUAGAGGCCAAUCCAAUCACCAGGCGAUUAUUAAUAUUCAGUCUUGCUUAAACACUGCGCCAACCACCAAAACUUAAAAAUUGUGCGCCAACCUCGACGUGAUUGUGCGCCAACAAUUCAAAACUCACGCCGAAGAUCUUAGAAGUAUCGCAUGAAGUAUCAAGGAGAAUAAUGUGAAACCGCUGUUUUAAAAAACAGCAAUCGCUUUAUCGCUCGAGUGCCACGUUACAGUUACGGUAGUGAUCAUACCAUACGUCAGUGCUUUUACUAAUUUAAUGACGGAAACGUGCAUCUAAAACUAAAAGUAGAAUGGUUCAACCUCUAGAUCUAUUAACUGUGGUUCAACGAAUAAAACACCACAAUUCCUCAACAACAGGAAAUUGCGGCCACACCCAAAAACAUGUGACCACGCCCACAAAAAUAUGUUGCCACCCACAAAAUUAUUUUGUACGGCCACGUUUGAAAUCCGGGCUAACACCCUGUCACUAAGUCAUACCUUUCGCCGAAUAUAACUUCGGCCCCUUUCAACCUAUCUUUUUUCAUAAUAGUCUUGUUCGAAUCACAAUCCAAGACACUAUUUAGAGUGUUAUUUUCAAGUUUGUAUCUACAGAUUUGCAUCUUUUAUUUCGGUAUUUCUUCUAUCUACAUUUUACGCGAGAGCUUCGACCGGAAAUACGAUAGCUUGAAAUAUUGAAACAAUGCGACGUUUACAUCCUAGCACUCGAGAAACGUCGGAAAUCGAUUCAAAUUACCCCUUCAUGUAGCGUCAUUUGCACGUGCAUAUAUAUACACACUUUAGGGCCGCCAAGAGAAUUGGGCAGAUCUUCCCAAGUCAGUCACCCAACUAGGUCUUAGCUAGACUGCAUGUGGAGUGACUGUAUGGAGCCUCAAUUUCAAAAAUGCUGUGACCAAUUUAAAGAACCUACUCAAUUUUAGGCUCUCUCUCAAGUUGGGGCCCUAUUAAGGUGGGGGCGCGGGGGAAUAUGUCCCCCCCCCCUCGGCGGUUCUGUGCAUCGGGAUACGGGUACUCAUUACAACCCGACAUUCUGAACUCGUCAACAAGAUGUGUUCGCAACAGGCUUGUAGCAAGCUUGUCAACACGUUGUAACAGUGCUGUUAUUUUAUCAAGUUGCUACAAGGUGGUCGACCACUCACAAUUUGUUGACAAAUUGUCGAAUUGCAGGACGGUAACAAGUUGUUGAUAAGUUGUUGGAACAGCAUUGUUACAAGUCUGCUGCAGUUUGUUAAAACUUGUGCGUUUUUACGUGUGUACACGAACGCGCUUGAAUACAUUAUACAAGGAGUAUUUCAAUCCUAUUGACUUAUUGUGAAGAGUUUAGAAGGUAUUCAACUUUUUCUCGAUAUGAAAUACAGAAUAUGUUAGGCCAAGUGGUGAGUAAAUAUACAAUUGUUUUGGUUUGUGUAAUGUUAUGGCGGCAUUUGACUUAACUGUGGACCCACCGGCCGUUCGAAAGGUUAUUUUAUGAGUAUUUCAACGGAUGUUGUCGUUUUAAAGGGGGCGGGGUAAAUACUUGCCGAGAUAUUUUAAUCUUCCCCACUCCAAAGUCAGAAAUGUAAAUAUAAACUGGACUGCAAUUAAUGACAUUCUUAGUUUUUGAUCCAGUAGACGCCAUGUACGCUACAGCGUACCUAUUUUUAUAUAAGUAGAUGUGUCGAUAUUGUCGACAAAAACCAACCUAUCUUAUUUUGUCUAUUUUAGCUAAAUUUGCUAAAGUCGCUCAAGUUGAAAGAACAGUAUCUGAGUUUACCAGUGACAUGACCGAUGAUGAGCUGCUGUCCAGUGUUACUGAGAUAGAAUCUGCACCACAGACGUCAGAAGGUAUAAUGCACCUAAAUUAUUAUUAGGAGAGCUACUCUAAUAAGGUGUAGUUUGUAGGGUUUAUGAUUUUUUGUCUGAAUUGAAAGUAAUGCAUGGUGAUGACAAUUAAUCAUAAAACCUAUAAACAUCAUAUUCACAUAUUAGUUGUUAGUUAUUGGUAAGCUAUUUCCUUGUAGGUAUUCAAAGGGAAAUAUGUUCUACCGUUCACCUAAUCGAGGGAUGGAGGCAGACCCUACCCAAAGUCAAUCACCAUGGGUUUCGUCUGCCCUGUUCAAGUUGUCGCCCCAAGGGAAAGCUGUCUUUGACAGUGCAAAGGUGAAACAGAUGUGGUAUUACCCCCCUCAGCCAUCUCUUAUUCCAUCACAACCACCGUCGGUGUCAAGAUACUUCGCACAGCGUCUUCUUCUGUGGAUGCCCCGAAAGUUGUGGCAGGUCGAACUGCACUGCCCCCAUCCCGAGUGUGAGGAAAAUCCCCUUACAAGUGCUGGUGUGUACCCCCGUGUGCGCCAAGUACUUGACAUUGAUGGCUUUUACAUCGUAGCUGCUGAAUACUUGGAGUGUUCAAAAUACACAAGGAAACGAAUUUGGACAAGUGCUCAUCAGCGUCCUAACUGCUGCUGA